AUGUCAAACAUUUCCUCAAGCAACCGACCAGCCUUCCUUCCAGGUUACACGAAGACCUGGCACAACACAUCUUAUCCAGCAAUUUCACCUUCCAACCCUGCACUCUCUGUAGCUGGCAAGAAUAUCGUCAUAACAGGCGGAGGGUCAGGAAUCGGUUCCGCUACUGCACUUAGCUUUGCACGCGCUGGUGCAAAGUCCAUCACUCUUCUUGGACGUCGCAAAAACCUCCUUGAAGACACUGCUGCUAAAAUUAAUCAUGAAGUUCCUGGCGUCAAAGUCUUAGCUCUAAAAGCUGAUCUCCUUGACUUAUCCAGUCUUGAAAGAGCAUUCGAGAAGGUCAACAACAGUUUCGGCACAAUCGACGUUCUAGUCUCAAAUGCUGGAUUUCUAUCUACACCAACUUCAGUAUUGAAGUCCGAAGAGAAAGACUGGUGGAUGAGUUUUCAGACCAACGUUCUGGGUACCUACAACAUCGUUCGCGCUUUCGUUCCGUUCUCUACGCCUGGAGAGAGCGUCUUCCUCAAUGUAUCGUCGGGAGUUGCCACUCUGGCACCAAUGCCCGGAGUAAGCGCAUACACUGCUAGUAAAGCAGGAAAUGCUAAGUUGGUGGAACAUCUUGCAUAUGAGCUCGGUCCGCAGGGAAUUCGUGUUUUCAAUAUUCAACCUGGAAUCGUGGAGACGGAUAUGAAUUUGAAAUCACAGGAUGCUCCGGAUUCUAUGGAUAUCAAAGCAAUGGAUGAUGUAUCGCUUCCUGCAGAUAUGAUACUGUGGCUUGCUUCGAAAGAGGCCGCAUUCUUGCAUGGAAAGUUUGUCUGGGUAAAUUGGGAUGUUGAGGAGCUCAAAGCAAAGAAAGCUGAGAUUGAAGCUGACCCUCAUCUGUUGGCUAUCGGUCUUGAAGGGACGAAGUUUUAG